GGUGGGAGAAAGCUGACAGAAGGGAAAGCACUGGUGGGGCUGAGUGACUGGUGUGGAGCAGCAACGCUCUGAUCAGUGUGUGGAGAGGAGUGAUCUGUCCAGCAGUGGCAGCAGCCUGGGAACCGAUGCUGCUGCCUAUGGAAGCAUGCACUGAGCGGUACUGCUGACAUCCACAGCUGCCUUCUACUCAGGCUGAGAACUGUCUGCUCCAGACAAAGGCUGCUCUUGUGCUGCUACUGCUAGCAGCCCCAUAGCCCGGGAGGCACGAAGAUUAACAGGGCUCUUGGUUACAUACAUAUAUAUUUUUUUUUUAAUUUGUGGACAGUCAAGCACUGGCAAAGUUUAACAUGGCUUUAAUUAUGGAACCAGUGAGUAAAUGGUCGCCGAGUCAAGUAGUGGACUGGAUGAAAGGUCUAGAUGACUGUCUGCAACAAUAUAUCAAAAACUUUGAGCGGGAAAAGAUCGCUGGGGAUCAGUUACUACGGAUUACUCACCAGGAGCUGGAGGAGCUGGGAGUCACACGGAUUGGACACCAGGAGCUAAUUCUGGAAGCAGUAGACUUGCUGUGUGCAUUGAAUUAUGGUUUGGAAACAGAAAAUCUGAAAACUCUUUCUCACAAAUUAAAUGCAUCUGCCAAAAACCUGCAAAACUUUAUAACUGGGAGGAGGAGAAGUGGUCAUUACGACGGAAAGAGUAGCAGAAAAUUACCAAAUGACUUCCUGACCUCUGUUGUAGACCUCAUUGGAUCCGCAAAGAGCCUUCUUGCCUGGCUGGACAGGUAUUGCCACGCUGAUCAGGAUGACAUUGAUAACCUUAAAAAAAGAUGGAUAGGGCAUAAACUGGAUAAAUCACCUUUUGCUGCGGUCACUGAUUACUCAGUUACAAGAAACAAUGUAAUUCAGCUGUGCUUGGAAUUGACAACAAUCGUUCAGCAGGAGUGUACAGUAUAUGAAACGGAAAACAAUAUUCUUCAUGUGUGCAAAACCCUGUCAGGUGUCUGUGACCACAUUAUCUCUCUCUCAUCUGAUCCGCUGGUUUCUCAGUCUGCUCACCUGGAAGUUAUUCAGUUGUCCAACAUAAAGCCAAGCGAAGGACUGGGGAUGUACAUUAAAUCCACAUACGAUGGACUUCAUGUAAUAACUGGAACAACAGAAAAUUCACCUGCUGAUCGAUGCAAGAAAAUCCAUGCCGGUGAUGAGGUGAUACAAGUCAACCAUCAAACAGUGGUGGGGUGGCAGUUGAAAAAUUUGGUGAAUGCACUACGAGAGGACCCGAGUGGUGUUAUCUUAACUUUGAAAAAGCGACCUCAGAGCAUGCUUACCUCAGCACCAGCCUUACUGAAAAAUAUGAGAUGGAAGCCCCUUGCUCUGCAGUGGUAUGAUGAUGAAAUGAAAACUUAUUCCUGGACACGUAUAUCCCCGCUUAUUCCAAGGAGCCCCACAAGUGGUGCUGCUACUCCGUCAAGCACAAUCAGCACCCCUACCAAAAGGGACAGUACUGCUCUUCAAGAUCUCUUCAUUCCCCCACCUCCAGCGGAGCCCUACACACCCAGAGAUGAGAAAGGAAACUUGCCAUGUGAGGAUGUGAGCCGACACAUCGUUGGAAAACCAGUGUCACAGGGAUCAGAGUCUCCAAACUCUUUUCUGGACCAAGAGUAUAGCAAGCGAUUCAACGUUGUAGAAGAAGACGCAGUUUUGUAUUGCUAUGAAUAUGACAAGGGAAGGAACAGCAUGCAAGGUCGGAGGGAAAGCACUCCUACAUAUGGUAAACUGCGGCCAAUCUCUAUGCCUGUAGAAUAUAAUUGGGUUGGGGAGUAUGAAGAGCCCACCAAGAUGAAACGAGACAGUAGAAGAGAAAGUUCUCUACUGCGGUACAUGAGCAACGACAAAAUAAUUCAGGAAGAGUUCAUGCUGCAGAGAAGCACCAAAAAAGACACUGGGAAGAAAUCUAAAAAGAAAGGAGAGAAAAACUCAAGUCCGACUCAUUAUGCCCUGAUUCCCGGAGCACAGACGGACUCACUGCGGCAAGAAGUAGUCAGUCCGUCAAUAGCAGAUACAGCCUCUUAUCAUACAUUCCAACAGUCCUCUUUACAACAUAAAUCCAAGAAGAGAAAUAAAGGUCCCGUUCCUGGGAAGAGUAAAAGACGGAUAUCGUGUAAGGAUUUAGGACGUGGCGAUUGUGAAGGAUGGCUAUGGAAGAAAAAAGAUGCAAAGAGCUAUUUCUCACAAAAGUGGAAAAAAUAUUGGUUUGUCCUGAAGGACUCAUCCCUUUAUUGGUAUACCAAUGAGGAGGAAGAAAAAGCAGAGGGAUUUAUCAGCCUACCUGAAUUUAAAAUUGAUCGAGCCAGUGAGUGCCGAAAGAAAUUUGCAUUUAAAGCGUGCCAUCCCAAGAUCAAAAGUUUCUACUUUGCUGCUGACAAUUUAGAUGACAUGAACAGGUGGAUUAGUAGAGUUAACCUGGCAGCUUCUGGGUAUGCAGAGAGAGAGCGGAUUAAACAAGAUCAAGACUAUUGGAGUGAAAGUGAUCAAGAAGAUGCUGAAACACCGUCCACUCCAAAGCAAGACAGCCCACCGCCACCGUAUGACACAUACCCAAGGCCAGCCAUGAUGUCUUGUGCCAGCCCUUUUGUGGAAACAAAACACGGCAGGUUAUCUUCCACAGAAACCUCGCAGUCUCAAUCUUCCCAUGAAGAAAAUCGUCAGGAACCCGGGAGUACCAAUGAUUCUCCGAUGCGUAAAACCGCCAGUCAGCGGCGAUCUUGGCAGGAUUUAAUUGAGACGCCUUUAACCAGCUCAGGACUUCACUAUCUUCAGACUCUUCCUCUGGAGGACUCUGUGUUUACUGACCCCGGAGUGGCUUCCCCAGAUCACAGGCGGCAGUCUACACUUCCAGCUCCAAAAUAUCACCAACAAGAUCACUAUGGCCUAUAUCCUCUAGCGGAGGGUAACAGAUUACAAGUACUAGGUGGCAGUAGGGCAAAACCACGCAGUUUUACACUUCCAAGAGAUGCUGGGUUAAGUCAUUGUGCUCCACUGUCGCCAGUCAGUAUUUUGGAACCAACAGAGACAUCUCAAAAACAAGAAACGCAAGAGGAAGGCACAUCCGAAGAGCCCGAAAAAACAGAAGAAGCAACAGAAACUGUAGACAAGAAGCCAGCAGACUCUUUACAAGAUCUCUACAGGGCCUUGGAACAGGCCAGUUUGUCCCCUCUUGGAGAACAGCGACUCUCAACCAAAAUGGAGUACAAGAAGUCUUUUAUUAAAAGGUGUAGUGAUCCAGUAGUCAAUGAAAAGCUUCACAGACUGCGCAUUUUGAAAAGCACUUUAAAGGCCAAAGAAGGAGAAGUAGCUAUUAUUGAUAAAAUUUUGGAGAAUCCAGAUUUGACAUCUAGAGACUUUCAGGAAUGGAAGCAAUCAUAUCUUGACCUUUUUUUGGACAUCUGUCAGAAAAGCGAUGCAAAGAAUUGUGAAAGCGUCUCAUCUGAAGUGGAUGCCCUUAUUCAGUCUCUAUCUCACACACACUCUUACAUUGAAACGCAUGUAUAAUUGUCGUAUUCUCUUAUAUCUACGCCUAACAAUGAAAACUUUUCUAUUUAAAUUAUUAUAUGGAAAGUAUGGUAAAAUAUAUUGUAAAAUAUAUUUUAAUGUUGCUGAUCUAUGUGAAGUAAUCAUUAUAUUGCCAAAAUGCCAGUCUAAUUUUGGCAUUUGUAUAUUUUUUAUGCUAUCAGUGCUCUGCUUUGUGUUAAUUUUGUGGUUAAAAAUAAUAAUAAAUAUGUAUUAAAUAUGUUGGUCAAGCUUAGGGCUUUAUAUUUGAAACAGACUAAUUUUUCUAUUGCACAGAAUUUUUUUCUGGGUAAGAAUAUAAUGUUCCGUAAAAUUCAAAAUAACAUUUGUUUUUUUUUUAACCAUAAAUAUAUUCUAACAAUGCCUCUAAAAUAUAUUAAAUGCUGCAAUUGUGUUUUUAGGUUUAAUUUGAAAUAAGAAGAUUAACUGUAAAAUAGAGAAUAACACUGGAUGAGGAAAUUUAUAUGGCACACUGUUUACUGUUAAAUAUAGUUAUUUUAAUGUGAACUUGCUCUGGGAAACAAACCUAUUCAGAAACUAUUAGCCAUAUUACAUAUAAAUAUAUAUAUAGAUAUAUAAAUAUAACAGUGCCGGAACUUUUCAUAUUGCCAGAAAUCUACCUCCCUAACUAUGUCCCAUCUUUUUGAAAGUGUUAUCCUUGUGGACAGUACUAUAUUAAAUUAAAGAUGGAUUGCUAUAUAAAUCAUGUGAAGUUUCUUUUAGACUGAUAUAUCUACUGGAUUAUUCUUGUACCAUUUUAGUUUCUAAAUAUAUAAAUAUAUAUAUUUGUUAGAAAUUUUACAUAUGAGGAACGGUUUCUAUGAAACAUUAUGUUCCAAAGUCUUUAUCUGUUGGGUUUUUUCCUGGCUGUGAUUAAACAAUCACAAUUAUGCAUUACAUACUGUACAAGACUCAAUGAAUUUUAUUGGCUUGAUUAAAAUGAUACAUUACAAGGAUACACUAUUUUGCAGUCCUUGCAGCUAAAAAAAAAUUAGAAAAAAAUAAAAUAAAAAUAUUAGUUAUGUAGCACUUAGCCUUUUAUACCAAUCAGAGAAAAUAUUUUCAAAGCUUUACGUGCAGAGAAUGUUCGAUUUUGUCACUCUUAAGAUGGAAAUAUCAAUAAUCAUAGAAAAUAUAUUAGAUGAAAAAAAAGGGUUCUGUACCUUUUUACACUGGUAUAUUAUAUUAGUAAGAACACAUUCAUCUUAACCUUUCUAGCCUACACAUCAUGAAUAACCAUUAACAAACUACAACAAUAAACACUCAAACAAUUGUCAAACAGAGCCUGUAUUACCCAAUGUGAUUGGUCCAGUUCAUUAAUGCCUGUGGUUUCCCACUUUUUAUCUGAGAAUGUACAUUGGCCAAGCUUUAAACAGACAGCCAAUUAAAAAAUAUUGCAUGAUAAUUGCAUGACAAGGCACAUGCUUUUCUCGUUAAUGUUCAUGCCGUUUCAUGACCAAAGCAUUUUAGCUAGAUGGAAUCCUUAAAGAACCCCUUUUCACCUCUGCUUACUUAAUGCUUGAAUUGUUUGCAACAAGUUGUGUCUAGACAGUUGGAUUCAGACCCAUUAAGCCAAUUCAAAGUGAUAGCUUGUACAGAAAGAGUAUAGUGAUAGAGGAAUAUGCAUUUCAGUGGCAAUUCCAUUUACCAAUAUCUCCUAUUAGAAAGACUGAAAGUCCAUCAGAAAUAUCAGUAUAUAAAUGACUAUUUCUAGUUGUGUGUGCUGUUUAUUGACUGGUUGUUUAGAAUGUUAAUAGUGGGAUAUAAGGCCUACUAAAGUGUGCUCUUUCUUUAACCAAGUCACUCUAGGCUACCCAGAUUGUCCCAUAUGAUGGUGGGAUGAAAGACACAAGCCUUCUCAAGGGUUAGUUGAGUAGUCUGAAUCUUCCCUUGCUAUAAAUGCAGGCUAAAGCUUGCCUAGGUUGAGGAUACUUUCAUUAUUCUACUGUAUUUCAAUAUCUCCAUUUAAAAAAUGUCAUAAAGUUAAGUGUCAUGCUCAAUAGAAAGGUUUUGUUUUCCUUUGCCAAUCACAUCAUAUAAUGAUUCCUUUUCCUACUGAACAUCAUUAGCUGUAGUACAAUACAGAGAUAAAAAAAAUGUAUUAUGUUAUCUCAUUGCAUUAAACAAUACAUUUCUUGUUCUGAUUUAAUGCACCAUUUUAGUUCCAUGCAUUAGCAUAAUUUUUAGGUCACAGAAUUGCAAAAUCCAGUUUGUAUAAUUAAAUAUUACAUUCCCAUUUUCUUUUGCAGUAAAGGUAUUUAUCAUCUUUACACACUUGCCUGUGCAGAUGAGUGUACUUAAAAUCUCCAGAGUUAAGACAUUUUCCAGUAAUUAUGUGUUGUUGAACAUUAGAUAAUGCAGUGAUACUUUUUCUGUUAGCUUUGCGUUAUUGGUAAAUGAAUAUUGAUGUUUUAUAAAGAUUGCAACUUGCACAGGAAACUAGUGGCCUUUCUUCAGUGUUUAAAAAAAAAAGAAAAGAAUAAUAGAUAUAUUUAAUUUCCAUUGGCGUCAUGCUCCGGUUGUACUGUUGGUAUAAUCUAAAUUGACAUAAUCUGUAAAAAAACAGGCAUUUUCUUUCUGUAUAAAAAGGUAUUUCACUUCUGCAUGAAUACAGACCUUAACAUUAUACUAAUAUCUGUUUUUGUAUUUACCCAGAAAAAAUGUUUAUUGAAAAUGUUUGUGUUCAUGUACAAUGCAUUAAGAUCUAUUGUUUUAUUGGACUGAGAGGAAACAAUAUAAAGCUUAUAAGAAAAG